GAUGUAUUUAAAUCUUUACACAAAUAAACUUAUGAACAAUGAUAUUCUUCUGUUUAUCCUCGUUCAGCAACAGAGAUGAGACUUCUUCGGAAUGUCCUCCCUUACCCAGAGAAAGAUCCUGUUGAGAGAAGAAUUGUUCUGCUGGGAAAGACUGGAGCAGGAAAGAGUGCAGCAGGAAAUACCAUUCUGAGAAAGAAGCACAAAUUCAGAUCUCAGUUCAGUUUAUCUUCUGUUACAGCUCAGUGUGAGAUGGAGGAGGCAGUGGUAGCAGGGAGGAGAGUGUGUGUGGUGGACACUCCAGGAUUAUUUGAUACAUAUAUGUCUCCUGAGGAUCUGGCUGUAGAGAUAGGCAGGAGUGUUUAUCUCUCCAGUCCAGGACCUCACGCAUUCCUUUACGUUCAGCCCAUUAAUAUCAGAUUCACACAGCAGGAGGAAGAGGUUUUUGAUAAAUUAGAGCAGAUCUUUGGAGAAGAGAUGAGGAAAUACACCAUCAUCCUCUUCACUCACGGAGAUCAGUUAAAGGGAGAGAGUGUGGAGAAUCUGAUUAGAGAAAACGAGUCUCUCAGCAGGCUGGUAGAUCAGUGUGGAGGAUAUCAUGUGUUUAAUAAUAAAGAUCCAAGAAAGAAGAAGCAAGUCACUGAUAUUCUGGAGAAGAUAGACAGAAUGGUGGAGAGGAAUGGAGGAAGCUGCUACUCUAAUGAGAUGUUUGUGGAUGCAGCAAAUUCCAGUUUUGAAGACAUGAACAAUAAUCUACCUAAUAAAGGUAAUGAACCAAAACCAGGAACAUUCUGGGACAAAUGGGGUAAACAUUUGCUGACUGGAGCCGCCUUACUUUGUGUUGCUGCAGUAGGUGCAGGAGCUUUUCUUGUCUAUGGAGCAGCUGUAGCAGGUGGUUCAGCAGCAGCAGCUGCAUCAGCAGCUGGAGCUGGUGCUGCAGCUGGAGCUGGUGCUGCAGCUGGUGCUGCAGCUGGAGCUGCUAUGUGA